AACUGGCAGCCACCCGAAUUACCAAUCUCUUCAGCAGCAGGAGGAUGGAAGAAAGAAAAGAAGUAUCUUCACAUAGGAUGGAGAUCUUGUUGGCCCUGCUGCUCCUGGGCCACCUAAGAGUGCUCACCUACGGCCAUCCCAUCCUAAAAGCACCAGACAGUGUGACAGGGACCUGGAAAGGGGACGUGACAUUUCAGUGCAUCUAUGUUCCCACGAGAGGCUACAAUCAAGUUUUGGUGAAAUGGCUGGUACAACGUGGCUCUGACCCAGUCACCAUCUUCCUACGUGACUCCUCAGGCGACCAUAUCCAACAGGCAAAAUACAGAGACCGCCUGAAAGUGAGCCACAAAGUUCCAGGGGAUGUGUCUCUCCAACUGAAUGCCCUACACAUGGAUGACAGUAGUCACUACACAUGUGAGGUUACCUGGCAGACCCCUGAUGGAAACAAAGUGACGAGGGAUAAGAUUAUUGAGCUCCGUGUCCAGAAAUACUCCUCUAAUCCACGUAUAAUCAAUACUGAAUCACCUACAACCAUGCGGUCCUCUUUGGAAGCAACAACUACAGUGAAUUCAAACUUUGACUGGACCACUAAGGGGAAUGGAAAACUUAAAGAGUCCAUUGCUGGCCCAGUGAAUGGAAAACAUGAUGGGACCACUGCUGGCCCAGAGAAUAAAAACCAUGAGAAGACCAUUGCUGACAAAGACUCCUCUAAUCCACGUAUAAUCAAUACUGAAUCACCUACAACCAUGCGGUCCUCUUUGGAAGCAACAACUACAGUGAAUUCAAACUUUGACUGGACCACUAAGGGGAACGGAAAACUUAAAGAGUCCAUUGCUGGCCCAGUGAAUGGAAAACAUGAUGGGACCACUGCUGGCCCAGAGAAUAAAAACCAUGAGAAGACCAUUGCUGACAAAGGAAGGGGCCUGCCAAUUGUCAUCAUCUUCAUCAUCUCACUUGGCUGCGUAGUGGUUAUCACCAUAGCUUAUAUCAUGUUCUGCCGCAGGAAAUUCCAACAAGAGCACGUCUAUGAAGUGACCAGGGUGUGUGCCAGGGAGACAAGCAACUCUGAAGAAACCACAAGGGUGACUACCUUCUCAAGUGGACACUUCAGUCAUGAAGCAGAUUCUCAUGCUCUGAUCAAUGACUAUUCUGAUGAGCCUUGCCUGGACCAAGAGUACCAAAUAAUCACCCAGAUCAACAAUGAUUAUUCAUGCCUGUUUCACACAGCUCCCAGAAACUAUGAAGUUCUUGCUACUGAAGACAACAUCUGCUAAAAUGGCCCUCUAAGUCAAGGUCUACUGACUUCCUCAGUUCUUGCCCUUAGCAUAGCUUUCUUACUUGCUUCCUUUCUUCCUACACAACCUAAAGUAUCAACUCUGCCAAUGUCGGGGCCACUGGGAAGGAAAUCUUGGUUUGGCUAAGAAUUUACCAUAUGCACCUCAAGAAAGCUAGCUUCUGGAUUUGGCCCUGGGCCCUUCUAUGUUCUGCCUGGGGCCUCUACAACUCCUCUGCAAACACCAGAAAAAUCCCCACAGCACUAGAGGUUCUUCUUUAUGCCUCAAGGCAUCACCAGAAAAUCAGACGAGGUUCAGUCCUACCAACUCAGGCAACCAUCUGUGUCCAUGAUUAAAUCCCUUUCUCUAGAGCCAGAGGACUUUUGGUUAAUAUUGCCAAAUCACAGGCCAAGGUACAGAUCUGUUCCUACACUGAGAAUCUAAUGCCCUUGUAUUCUUUUUGGUGUUAAUAAAUGUUUAAUCAUGACAGCAA